AUGGGUGACAAGCGCCUCAACGAGCUCCUGCGCUGGAGCAUCGAAAACACGGAAACCGAGCAGCCCAACGGCACGGGCGCCGUCGCCACCACCGGCGAGGGGGCCUCCGCGGCGCCAGUCUCGAACCUGACGCCCGAAGUCAUGGCCGCGCUCAUGGGCGGCCCGUCGGACGCGGACCUGAUGAUCGCCUCGAUGGAGAUCAUCACGGCCGCCGACGUGACGCUCGAGAACAAGCUCAUCGCCUUUGACAACCUCGAGCAGCUCAUCGAGUCGCUCGACAACGCCAACAACCUGGCCAGCCUGGGCCUGUGGACGCCGCUGCUGGCGCAGCUCGCGAGCCCAGAGGCCGAGAUCCGCACCAUGGCCGCCUGGUGCAUCGGCACCGCCGUCCAGAACAAUGAGAAGACGCAGGAGCGCUUGUUCGCCGUCGGCGGGGUGCCGCCGCUCGUGGCGCUGGCAACGAGUCCCGACGAGACGGACACGGUCCGUCGCAAAGCCGUUUACGCGCUCAGCUCGGCCAUUCGCAACUACCAGCCCGCGCUGGACGCCGCCGUCGUCGAGCUCGUCGCCGCGGGGCACCCGGCGGACAAGGUGGACGCGAUGGACAUGGAGGCGGUGGACACCAUCAUCACGCCGCUGCGCGAAAAGGCCAUGGCUGCUGCUUGA